AUGACCGACCUAUAUCCAAUUGUCAUCCCGCCAUUUGAACAUAGAUUCAAAGCUGUCACCUAUACAUGCAGUGGAGAAGGUCUACGCAAAGAUGGCCAUUCUUACGAUCCCCACGUCGAAAAAUUGAUACCUCCCAAAGGUCAAAAGCUAGGCAAUAGUAUUGGAGCGAAACCAGCAGGUUGGUGGAAAGCCCAAUGCGCGUUCAGAGGAUUGAAACAAACUGGAUCCGUCGCCGAUUUACAGUCGAGGUUGGGAGGAGCGAAGAAAGAAAUGGAUCCAGAGCUCAAGGCCGUAGAGUCCCAAUUGAACAAGGAUUUCAAGAAGCAAAACAAACUUGCGAGAGAUGGCGAUUGGGAUAAAUUGAAGACUGCCGAGGAGAAGGCUGAUGCUAAUCCACAAAGGUACCUCAACGAAGCGUUUCCGAAAAGUGCCACGGGAGAACUAGCAAAACCGGAUAUUAUCGUUGUUAAGAAUGAACAUAAAACUGCCUUGGCUGAAGCUGCGCAUAAGAUAGGAUUGGAGUCUUUGUUAGUGGAUGCUCCUCGGGUGGGCAACAAACGGUCUUCUCCAGAACAGUGGGUAAUAGUGGGGAGAAUUACAGAUGCUGUAUUGAAUCAGAAGCGUGAGCUUGAACGAGCAGCGACCCGGUCCAAGGAAAAUACACCAAAGAAACCCCCUGGAGAUCGACCAAAACAAACAGCAAGGAAAUCUGUACCCAGUUCAGGAACGCACGACAAUGUGUUUGAUGAAAUUGGGACUCAGCAAGCACGCCCAAUACUACCACUACCACGGAGAAAACAGACAGCUAGGAAAUUUGUGCCAAGCACUGCCACUCAUGAUAAUUUGUUCUCCGAUAGUGAUUCUCAUAGUCCUAAUCGUCCGGGGCCAGUUUCUCCAGGCCCCCAAAAACAGACGGCUGUAAAGUCCACAAGAAGUACUAGCACUCAUUCAGACCUGUUCGCGGACGAUGGUGAGGAUGAAAUCGCCCACAGACAGCCAGCUGCAAAAAGAUUACGGAGGUCGGCCAGCGGCGCGCGAGCCAAUUCAAGCGCAACUGAGUCGGAAGGUCUAUGGGAUGUUCGAGGUUCUUAUGUGGUCGAGUGCCCAGAUAUUGAGGAAGAAUGGGGAGAGAAAGACUCGGACCUUAUUCUUGACAUUUAUGUGGAAAACAAGAAUGGAAGACAUCAGAUGUUUGCAAUGUUCAAUUUUAUAGUUGUUGAGGGCAUCAUGCGAUUUGAAAGACCAAAUGGUGUGCCAAGUCCGAAGAAUGCUGAUAAAAAGAGAAAGCGAGAAAGUACUUCUUCCAUAGAUGAGGAUGGAGAUGUUAUGAUGAGUGACAUUUCUCAAACUGUUGCGAGUAAUAGUAAGCACAAAGAAAGUGCCUUUUUUCUUGGAGCCAACGACAAGCCCACAGCCCGGAGACCUACAUGGCCAUAUCGCUGGAGAGGCGAGGAGACUGGCGAAGGAGAAAUUCAACUCGGCUCUGAUAAAAGGUUGGAGAGUAUCACCUUUGACGACAAGAACAAGUCUUUAUCAGGCACGUUCACGUGUGAUUUCGCUGGGAAAUGCGAGUUCACAGGUUUAAAGGUAAAUAACCGUCCGCAAGAUUCACGGAUUGAUCCAGAGAGUCAAUGGGAGAGCCGUAGCGAGGCUGCUUAUGAGGAGGCACUUCAGACAAGGUGGAAAUGA